GACAGAAGCAGCAGGAGUGGGGUUGCCGUGGAGACAACAGCAGGUGAGGGCAUUAUAAACAGGAAGUGGAUUGAGGCUGUGCCUCGACUGGCAGAGGGGCGGAGCCUCGGAGAGAGAACGAGGUUGACGGCUCUGCUGGGCUGCACACUGCUGCCUGCUACCAGGAAACCUCGGCAGUCAAAAUCUGUGGCUUCCUCCCCACCACCCAUCCUAAACCGAGACUUUCUAAAUGUGUUAUGAAAGCAGAGCUAGGAGGAGAGCGAUCUGGAAGGAGUGAGGAGUAAAGCCUGAAUGGAGUACACAAAGGAAAAGACAGCCGCGUGAUCAGAUCAGAUACAGGGAUUGACAGUGGAGCAGAUUGAGCCACCCUGGAACUGAAGAAAUGUGUUAUUGUUUCUGGGGACUGCAAUGAGUGUGACACGGAUCUACCUUGAAGACUUCCCAAACACUUCUAUCUUUGAACUCCUUACAAAGAGAGAGAUCUGUCCUUCUGGGCUAUUGACUGACUGACUGACUGACUGACUGACUGACUGACUGACUGUGUCUGUGUGACAGACUCUGUGUGUGUGACCUCAACCAUGCCCAUCCUAAAGCAGCUGGUAUCUGGUUCGUCCCAGACCAAACAGCGCCGCUCCCGUGUGGACCUGACCCGGGAGAUGAUCAGUGCUCCCCUGGGGGACUUCCGCCACACCAUGCACGUGGGGCGCAGCGGGGACGCUUUCGGGGACACCUCUUUCCUCUCCACCCACUCCGGGGAGGCCCCCCACCAGGCCAAACCCCAGGCCCAUCCCCACUCCCCCCGCCCGGGGCUUUUAUCCAGAACCUUCCGCAGCAGCAAACGCUCCCAGUCCGUCACCAGAGUGGACCAGAGAGACUGCUCGCUAGCGCCACCCGGUGGCUCGCCCACCUUCGUGAAGAACGCCAUGUCACUCCCCUUCCUCAAUGAUGAAAACGGUGACCAUGUUGAUGGAGGACACAGGGUGCCUAAGAGCCUCUCGUCCAGCCCACUGAAACAACUGAAUGAGCAGGAUGGAGGUGGAGGUACCAGGCCGUCUAAUGGGGCCGCUGCUGGGGCACGCUCUCUGGAGCUGGAUGAGAGGAGCUUUGGGGAGCUGACUGACCUGCCAAGCCCCAGCCGCGGGUACUACGGAGGGGGGAUGAAGCACGCUGUGUCGGUCAUGUCGUUCCACAUCGACCUGGGGCCCUCCAUGUUGGGGGACAUCCUGGGGGUGAUGGAGAAGGAGGAUGAUGAUCUGGGAUACGAGGAGGGGAAGAGCAGUGAGGGACGGGCCUCUCCUACACUACUCCUGGGGAGGGAGGUGGGAGGAGAGGAGGAGGGAGAAGAGGAACCGGAAGCUGACCUACUGCAGCUGCAGGAGGAGGCGGUCCCUGUACCUGUGAGUCCAACCAGCUCUGUAGAACCUGAGGUGGGAGAGGACGAGGGAGCACCCUACACCCCAGAGUACACCCCAGAGCCCCGCCCUAAACACCUACAGCACCAAUUAGAUACCUGUUCUGUGUCCAGCUCCGCCUCUGGCUCCACCCACGUGGAGCAGGAGAAACCAGCCGGACAGCUCCACAGGGGGGAGACGGACAGCGCCACUUUCAGCGCCCCACCUGAGGAGGAGGAGCUGGAAAAGUUUUCUUCCUUCUUGGAGGACGAGGAUGAUGAGAUCCGUGUAUGAAACAAGACGUACAAGCUCAAACCAUAUACGGAGCGCAUAAGUGUGGAUUAAUACAGAUGGAUAGAUUCUAUACUGGAUGGAUAUGGAUGAGUACAGAUGGAUAGAUUCUAUGCUGGAUGGAUAUGGAUGAGUACAGAUGGAUAGAUUCUAUACUGGAUGCAUAUGGAUGAGUACAGAUGGAUAGAUUCUAUACUGGAUGGAUAUGGAUGAGUACAGAUGGAUAGAUUCUAUGCUGGAUGGAUAUGGAUGAGUACAGAUGGAUAGAUUCUAUGCUGGAUGGAUAUGGAUGAGUACAGAUGGAUAGAUUCUAUGCUGGAAGGAUAUGGAUGAGUACAGAUGGAUAGAUUCUAUGCUGGAAGGAUAUGGAUGAGUACAGAUGGAUAGAUUCAGUACUGGAUGGAUAUGGAUGAGUACAGAUGGAUAGAUUCAGUACAGUAUAAAGUCCCACAUCACAACAGAGACGUAUAGACUGGAUGGCUUACAGGAUGUUGUGGACGUGUUGAGUUGAUACAGGAAUGAAUGAAUUACUACUAUGGAUGAAACCACUCUAUAAAGGCACAUAUAUUAUGACAGCGAUGUACAGUCUAUACUGGGUGGAUAUGGAUCACAGUGCAGUAGCAGUACCUCUGGUAGAGUGAAGGACAUGUUGAUACAACAACAAACUAAUACAGUGGAUGAAACUCUACUCUGUCUAGUCUGGAUAGAAGGGUUAUAGUACAGCACCUCUGGUAGUGUGGAUGACGUGUUGAAUUAAAUAGAAGAAACUGCUACUGCUUCCUCUAUCCUUCCUGUGAGAAUACAAACAUCUGGACAUAGUCAUGUGGACUGGGAUCUGUGGACUGGGAUCCUGCUUUAGGGGGAAAGGGAAAAACAGUCUGUAGGACACUGGCUCCUUCUGGAUGAAUACAACCCCCAUCUGUUACAUACAGAACAGUUUGCUAACUUCUCCCUCCCUCACACACACCACAUUACAGCUACUGUCUGUCUGUCUGUACACUGAGAGAACUGACAUGGAAGAGAAGUCCAAGUGUGUGAACGCAUGAAUUUAGCAGAGACACUUAAGAUAAUAACAUUUUGAUAAACAACAUGACUUUAUUAAGCCUCUGUCCAGUGCUAUUCAUUCCCCUUACAUGUGUCAUAAUAAUAAGGGCUUUUCUUCAUUGAUAAUCUGUGCCAUUUCAUAUGAUGCAUCUCCUCUCUUGUUCUGUGCUCCUCUCGGCCUAUUAAGUGUAACUGUGUUGGUGUAAUCAAGUGGUCUGGCCGGAACAGCGAGCUACUGUUACCGCGGUGAUGGGGACCUGGCUGCCUGUCUGUCACAAUAAAAGGCUUGUGUUGUGUGUAUCACUCCACCAGCUGUGAUGAGGCUUUUUCCAUGCUAGAGCCUGGUAGAGAAUCUUUACUAGAGCCUGCUACCCAUCACAUUGUGACUAGAGCCUGCUACCCAUCACAUUGUGACUAGAGCCUGCCAGCUAUAACAUUGUGACUAGAGCCUGCGAGCUAUAACAUUGUGACUAGAGCCUGCCAGCUAUAACAUUGUGACUAGAGCCUGCCAGCUAUAACAUUGUGACUAGAGCCUGCCAGCUAUAACAUUGUGACUAGAGCCUGCCAGCUAUAACAUUGUGACUAGAGCCUGCCAGCUAUAACAUUGUGACUAGAGCCUGCCAGCUAUAACAUCGUGACUAGAGCCUGCCAGCUAUAACAUCGUGACUAGAGCCUGCCAGCUAUAACAUUGUGACUAGAGCCUGUUAGCUACAACAUUGUGACUAGAGCCUGCCAGCUACAACAUUGUGACUAGAGCCUGCCAGCUACAACAUUGACUAGAGCCUGCUAGCUACAACAUUGACUAGAGCCUGCCAGCUACAACAUUGUGACUAGAGCCUGCCAGCUACGACAUUGUGACUAGAGCCUGCUAGCUACACUACUGUUCAAAAGUUUGGGGUCACUUAAAAAUGUCCUUGUUUUCCAUUAAAACAUACUUGAAAUGAGUUGCAAAAUGAAUAGGAAAUAUAGUCAAGAUGUUGACAAGGUUAUAAAUAAUGAUUUUUAAUUGAAAUAAGUGUCCUUCAUACUUUGCUUUCGUCAAAUAAUCCUCCAUUUGCAGCAAUUACAGCCUUGCAGACCUUUGGCAUUCU